GGUUUCGGGGUUUGUAGUUUAUACCUCUCAUAUAAUUCCACAACGUCUCGCAAAGCUUCUAGCUCAUCUAUUAAAGAAUUCGAACAAUAUUCUCUAACUAUAACUACCUCUUAUUACACAUAUUCAACAUGUCUGGUUACUCCAACGUUGGUCAAAGCUCCGUCUAUGAGGCCGGCGACCAAAGGAACCUGAAGGACUCAGAGAUUCCAGGUCGUCCCCGAUACGAAGAGGGUGUAGAGAAUUCGCACCAGCCCAACGAUUCCAAGGACGAGCGAUCCAUUGCCAACCGUCUAGCCAACGAAGAGCGCAAGUUAAACCGUGAAGAGCAAGAAGACCCAGAGACCAAGGCUUCCAAGCAGGACCCGACAUUGCCUGCCAAGCUACACGGCAAUGAACCCUCUAAAGGCGCCAAGAUCGAUGCGGAUUUACAAGCAGAGGAAGAGGAAUACUUGAAACAGAAGGGCAAGAAAUAAA